GGCGCUAUCUCUCGGCGCUCGCUUGCUCUCCCCUGCCGGGAUCUCAUCAUGGAGUCGCAGUGCGAUUACUCGAUGAUCUUCCCGGCAUGUCCCGUGUUACCGGCGGACCUCCCGGGCCGGUACCGCUCCCUCCCCCGCCGCAAUCACCUCUACCUGGGCGAGACGCUGCGUUUCCUGCUGGUAUUGCGGCUUCGGAGUGCCGGGGAGGUCGUGCAGGACAGGGCGGGGUCGGAGGCCUGCUGCCGCGGUGACAGUUCUCAGGAGAGCCCGGGGUCUGAGAGCUGCUCCUGGGCCCCGCUGGCGGCUUCUCUCUCCGCCCUGGCCAGUGUGUGCCCGGGGGAGGAGGAGCUGGAGGAGGCGGAGGAGGAGAGCGGCGAGGACGGCGGCGGCGGCGGCGGCUACCGGGGGUGCCGGGCCAUCCUGAGCCAGCAGCACCCGGCGGGGGCCGGACCGGGGGCCCCCGUCACGGACCCCAUAGUAUCUUGUGACGAGGUCAUCUUCCCCCUCUCCGUGUCUCUAGAUCGCCUGCCACCCACCACAGUCAAAGCUAAGAUAGUGGUCACAGUCUGGAAGAGGGACUCCGAGCAGUCCCGGGUGAAGGCGCUCGGCUACCGCUCUCUGCUGCUCAACUCCACCCCAGCGCAGAUCUUCAAGGAGGAGCAGGCCGCCUUCAAGGCUCAAGUGAGUACCCUCCUCACCGUGCUCCCACCUCCCACCCUCAGGUGCCGCCAGAUCAGUGUAUCCGGGAAACACCUCACAGCCCUGAAAGUGCUGAACACCUCCUCUCAGGAUGAACUCUGUAUUCGGGAUGUUCGGAUACUCCCCAACUUCAAUGCCAGCUACCUGCCUGUCAUGCCUGACGGAUCCGUGCUCCUCGUGGACAAUGUCUGUCACCAGUCCGGAGAUAUCAGUAUGGCCUCCUUCCUGCGCCUGCACAGCUGCUCGUCCCAGUUACCCAGCAUGCUCUGCUCCCUGGAGGAGCACAAUUUCUUAUUCCAGCUGCAGACUGGAGAGCGCCCCCCUGAGGAUGCCAAAGAGGGUCUGGAGGUCCCUUUAAUUGCUAUAAUUCACUGGUCCACCCCAAAGCUGCCAUUUACGUCUGGAAUAUACACCCAUUACAAACUCCCGAGUAUCCGUCUGGAGAGGCCGCGGUUUGUGAUGACGGCGCGCUGUGACUCCCCAGUACAGAUGCACACCCCUUUUCGGGUUACCUACACUCUGCUGAAUGACUUGCAGGACUUCCUGGCUGUCCGACUGGUCUGGACCCCAGAUACCAACAUGGCGGCAGGCGGUAGGUGUCUGACAGAAGAGGAGCGGCGAGGUACACAGGCAGCGCAGGAGGCGGUCGUCUGCUACACCCCCAUCAAUAGUCUGGGCUUCUGCCGGAAAGGCAGCUCCGUCACCAUCGGCGUCACAUUCAUGGCGCUAAAAGCUGGGCUGUUCGAGCUCUCCCAGCACAUGAAGCUGAAGCUGCAGUUCACGGCAAGUGUUUCUCAGGCCCCUCCGGACGCUCGUCCCGUCUCACGCAGGAGUAGUCCCAGCAGCCCUGCCCUGAGGGACCUAGAGAGACAGCAGCAAGGGGGCGCUCUAGGGAGGUCGCAGUCCUUCUCUCACCAGCAGCCCCCUCGUGGGCAGCUCAUCAGGACUGGAAGCGUGAUGGAGCGGCGCGCUAUCACCCCACCCGUGGGGUCUCCCUUGGGUCGACCACUCUAUUUGCCCCCCGAGCGGGCUGCUCUGUCUCUGGAUAAAAUUGCAAAGCGGCAGUGUAAAGUCCUGGUGGUGAAUCCGGUCCAGUGACUCGGUGUCGUCAAGGAGGAGAUUCGUUCCCCCCCCACUUCCUGAAUGUGGAAGGGGGCGCCAACACAGUCUGGGAUGUGUGGACCAAGCAGCCUGUGCUGGAAGGGAGAUUCAGCCCAAUCCUGGAUCGGGGGAUUAAAGGGCCAACGCACGGUUGGCUCAACCAGGGACCGGAGCCACAUAGUGUUUGCUGGACGGGGAGACUGGGCUCUGUGGAGCUGGAUGCAGCAGAGUCAGACGGGUAACGGGGCCAGAUGCAGCCUGUGCGGGAACAGGAGGCCGGGGUUAGGGAGCGGGGAACUGGGGGUAGACCCUGCCCACGUGGACAGGAAGUGCGAUAUAGCCCCGCUCAAGUGGGCGGGGUGAGAGCCCAAAGAAUGGGGGUGGGACUCCGAUACUGCCCUCCCUGUGAUGUGAGGAGGUGAUGGCAGAAUGUAGCGGGCCUCGCCGUUUUCCACGCCAUCGCUUCCAGAUUUUAUGUUUACAUUUUUUAUUUUUAUUUAUACAUUUCAUUUUUGGGAUCCCCCCAGUUUACUGUCAGUAUAUACACUGGAAUCUGAUGGGGGGCACCCCGCCUAUAGGACAGCAGGAUGAUGGGGGCGCACUUACUUGUGGCUGCGACACUUCCCUUUUUUUUUAAAUAUUAGUACAGGUCAGAUUUUAUUAUUUUAAUAGAAGAAAAAAAUAUAUAUAUAAUUUAAAGGUACAAGAGCCAGCAGAGGGAGACGGGUUCUUACUGUGCCUGUGAUCAAGUGCCAACAUUGCUGUACUGGUGCUCCGCCUGCUGGUCUGUGUGCUGUACUGCACCUCAGCUGCUCCACCUGCUGGUCUGUGUGCUGUACUGCACCUCAGCUGCUCCACCUGCUGGUCCGUGUGCUGUACUGCACCUCAGCUGCUCCACCUGCUGGUCCGUGUGCUGUACUGCACCUCAGCUGCUCCACCUGCUGGUCCGUGUGCUGUACUGCUCCACCUGCUGGUCCGUGUGCUGUACUGCACCUCAGCUGCUCCACCUGCUGGUCUAUGUGCUGUACUGCACCUCAGCAUAGAUAGUCGAGGUAGGGAUCAUUAUACAUGCACCAGUAUUUACAGGGACAUUCCAAAUAAGACUGGGUAGCGAGGGGGGUGAUGCUGCAGGGACUGUUUAGUGCAGAUGGAGGGGUCACUGCUCCCUCUGCUGGUUGCUCCCUAUACUGGGUACUACAGAUGGUGGGGUCACUGCUCCCUCUGCUGGUCGCUCCCUAUACUGGGGGUCACCGCUCCCUUCCAUGCUGCACAAUGAGCCAAAACAAUACUAGGUGAGCGGGUCAUGCAGCUGUUGAGUAGGGGUUGUGCCCGGUGACCCCCUGGUACAGCCCUGUGUAAUAGGAUGUGACCUUAGGGGUUAAAGGUCAUUGCCACUGGAUUAAACAUUUAAAGGGAAACUCCACUUGAAAUCUGUACAGGGAGGUUCCAGCCAUGCCUGCCUCUGAGAUCCUUGUCCUUCUCGUGGUCUGUCACUCCGCCAUAUCAAGACUCCCGGAUCUCAGGUCCACAUGGGCCGGGAGAGAGGGAAGGGUUUGAAGAUCUCUGGUAACUGAGCCCAGCGUUUGGGUGGUGUUCCCCUUUAAGAGCCCUGGAACAUGUGUGUUAAAGCUACUGUGGACUGAGGUCCAGCGAUUCAGCGCCGGGGGAGGGGUCCGGGCGCACAACCGUACGUGUUACAUGAUGUACUUGCCAAUAGGUGAGGGGGAACGCCCCCAGACUGCACUUACCAUCCCCCAACCUUUCCUGCCAAUACUUGAGCGCUUUCCGUGACCCCCCCUCCCCCCAUACACACUGGAAGUUGUCGCCUCGCAGCCGCACUUUACAUUUUACGUGUUUUAUAAUUUAUUUUGAACAAACUGAAUACAGAACUCCAUUC